AGAAAAUGUGGACCAGCCGUGUUCUUCUGCAUGUGACCUCCUGGCGCUGUGAUGAUACACUGUCGGGCAGGAUUUCAGAUAUUUGAUGCAAGCCGGCUUCUUGAAUCGGUCAUCCACGGCAGUGGUCAGACAGGGAGAGAAUCGACUUGGCCGUGUUGUCAAGCAAGAGGAGGUGAAGACUACGCCCAUUUGGGGUCGCAGCCAAGACGUUUUGCGAGAGCGAGAUGUCAAUGUGACAGGCCCAGUGCCACUGCCACGCAAAGAUGUAGGCCAGCCCACUGCGAGGUUCGACGUGGGGGACAUUUGCGAAGUGAUCGGGGCUGCGCUGGUGCGCAAGUCUGAAGAUCUUGGUGGUGAACGAGUAGUUCAGCUGCUUGAUGGGUGCCGGGUCGAGGUGACUGAUAUAGGCUCUGGACCAAGUGGCAAGCGCAUUGCCAUUCAAGAUGCCGAUGGUCAUCAGGGUUGGGUGAGUGUCGUGUCCUCCAACGGCGAAGCACUCAUUCGCAUCAUCGAAAAGGAGCUUCGGAGCGAUGCACGUGAGAAGAGGAUAGAAGCUGCAGCCAGAGCAGCUCGUCAUGACCAGGGAAAGCCAACUUCGCGCUUCGAGGUUGGCGACCUUUGCCACGUCAUCGCUAGUGUGAUUGUCCGGAAGGAAGAAGCUUUGGAAAGCUCACAGAUUGCAAGAUUGCCUGAUAGAAGGGAAGUGGAGGUGCUUGAGAUAGGCACUGGGGACAGUGGCAAACGCGUGUGCAUCAAGGAUGGUACAGGCAUUGUUGGAUGGAUCAGCGUGGUGUCGUCAGAUGGUACACAACUUCUUCGCAAGGCACGACCCGUGCAGAGCGAUCAGCCGCCACAACCACAAGCACAAGCACCAGCGCAACCGCAACCACCGACCUUUAUGGAGGAUGGCUUGGACGAGCUGCGAUUUCUUGCCAGUCCUGAUUUGCCCGGCAGACAGGCAGCUCCGUCCAUGCCCCAAGAGCCAGCGCCGGCGUCAAGGGCAGAUGAAUUCCAGCCUCUGGCCAAAUUCUCGGAACCCUCUGUGCUGGUCAGUUCAGCCAGAGCUCAGCGCGGUUUUGAUGUCGAAGUCUCCUUCUUGCAGAGGGAGCAUAUGGAGCAGCUUUUGUCUGAGAAGUUUGCCAGCGAAGGCAUCCAGGAGCCAAACUACGAUUGCAUCAAGCUUCGAGACGCCAAGGGCCGAUGGUACAGGCCAGGUGAAGCGCCUGAUGUUCCCUCUCCAGACCUUUUUCCUAUCACCUUGUACUACAGGCCGCCGAAGCCAACUUACUCAGCCGAGACCGUGCUGGCCUUGCGGCAGCGACAAGCAUACGAGGCCUUGUCUCCUACUCAGCGUCGAGGAUUGAAAGAGGUACAGCGUCAGCUGGAACUCGCAUACUCACAGGAGAACAACGAUCUCCUGGACCGAGCAAUGCGACUCGCACACUCGUGUGGACUUCCCCUCGGGACUGCUGGCCUGCCAGUAUCCUUGAUGCCUGAGACAGUGUGCUUUCCAAAAGGCAACGAGCCUUUGCUCUACGAUGGGCACCUGUACUCUAUGCAUUCAACUUCCCUUCUGGUUUUUGAUCCGCCAGACUUCAGUGUGCCCAUGGGCGUCUGGAACCCACAACGGCAGCGAGUGGACCCUGCAGUCAUGCAGAACGAGAACAAGUCCUCAGACAUUGUACACUUCGGAAAGACCUUCCACAUGCUCGAGCAGGGCCAGAUCAUAGAUCCGGACUCUCAGCAGGUCAUCGGGAUGAUCCGACCCUUGACCGGGGAUUUCGAGUUUUUUGACCCCAUUCCGUUGCAAGUUGCCAACUUCAUGAUGAAGCGCGGCUUCCGCCUGGAAGCCCCGUCCGCACAGCUGACGAAGCUGCCCUUCGUGCAAAUCCUGCCUGAGGUGGAAGCUCAGGAAGGGAAUCCAGAAUUGCACUUGCAUAUGCAAUCUGCCGGCAAUGCCAAAGCGCUGAAGUACGCACCCGUUGAAGAGCGGGGGAACAAAGAUGCGCUCAUGAAGGCUAUGCGUCAGGGAGCAGGGCCGCAGAGCUGGAAGAUCAUGCUUAUCGGAAGUGAAGCGCUGCAGUCUGACCGUGAUGUGCUUGCCGAAGCUGUGAAGCAGGACUACUCAGCAAUGGCUUAUGCGUCAGCCUUCUCUGAUGACCGCGAUUUCAUGAUGCAGGCAGCGCAACAGCACGGAUUGACGCUGAGAUAUGGGAGCGAACACUUACGUGCAGACCCAGAUAUUUGUUAUGCAGCGGUAAAAGCCAGCUGGCGAGCUUUGCAGCACGUGUCCCCCAAGCUGCGUGGAUCCUCGCGCAUGGUGCGAGAGGCCGUGAAGCAGUGCUGGCAGGCCCUGGAGUAUGCCUCCGAGGAAUUGCAAGAUGACAAGGACACGAUAAAUCUGGCCUUGAAGCAAACCUGGCACUGCCUUCAGUUUGCUUCCCUCCGACUUCGAUCGGAUGCUUCCUUCAUGUUGAAGGCUGUUGACCAGAGCGCUGAUGCCCUACAGUUUGCCACAGAUGCUCUUCUGUGCAACCAUGAGUUCAUGCAGCAGGCGGUGGAGAUUGAUGGCAUGGCUCUUCAAUUUGCAGCCAUGGACAUAGUUGACCGCGAUUUGGUGCUGAAGGCGGUGCAGAAGACUUGGCGUGCCUUGCAACAUGCGCCAGAAUCUCUUCGUUCAGAUAGAGCUGUGGUAUUGGAGGCGGUUCGGCAGCACCAUGCUGCGUUGCAGCUCGCUUCUCCAGAAAUCCUUCUCGACGAGGAUCUGGUGUUUGAAGCAGCUAGAAGGCGGCCAGAUUUCCUGCGCUUUGUUCCGGAGUGUGUGCGUGAAAGCAAAGGCCUUAUGAUGCGCAUGGUGAAGCUACAGCCCAUGACGCUGCAGUAUGUGACUGGUGAGUUACGAUAUGAUGAGGAGCUUGUGCUUGAGGCAGUUCGACGCAAUUGGAGAAGUCUCCAGCAUGCUGCCCCGGAGUUGCGAGCAUCGCCCAGCUUCAUGCUGGCAGCUGUGCAGGUGGAUGCCCUCACCCUCUCCCUGGCCGCUGAAAAUGUACGGAAGGACCCACAGGUUGUUUGUGAAGCUGUGGAAAGGGAGUGGGAGAUGCUGGAGCACGCUGCCGAGGACCUGCGCUCGAACCAUGCCUUCAUGAUGGAAGCUGUAGGCAUCGAGGGUUUGUCGCUGAAGUAUGCCUCUGCUGACCUUUGUGCAGAGCCGGACAUAGUCCUGGCUGCGAUCUCCAACUGUGGCCGAGCAUUGGAGUUCGCGGCGGAAGGUCUGAGAGCAGAGCCGGACAUUGUGCUGAUGGCAGUGCGGCAGGACUUCGAAGCAAUCGCUUUUGCCGAUGACGAGCUCCGGAACGACUUCACGUUUAUGCUUAGAGCUGUGCGGGUGGACGGCCGGGCUUUGACUGGGGCUUCUGUGGAGUUGAAAGCAGAUCCAGACCUGGUCUUGUCCGCGGUGCAGCAAAACUGGCGGUCAUUGAAGUAUGCCUGUCGGGCAUUGCGCAGCAAUAUAGACUUCAUGAUGCAGGCAGUUCGUGUGAGCAGCUUCGCAUUGGCUAUGGCUGCUCAGGAACUGUGGAUGGAUCCACGUCUUCUGGCAGCAGCUGCAGAGGAGACCCAAACCAACGAGAGUUCGCUCGACGCACCUGAAAGUCUGAGUGCUGAUGCUGAGCUGCGGCAAUUGUUGCGGCAAGCACGGCCAGGUUGGUCCGAGGAGAGUUUGCAAUCAGCAGAGCAGAAGCUUUGCAGCAUCGGUGCGACAAGCGUGCCGCUCUUGGCGCAGGCCCUAGCUGCUGACUUGAAUGGCCGCUUGCGAGCAGCUGGCCAGAAGAUAUUCACGGCCACCACCGUCAUGGAGCUGAAAGCUCGAACCGCCACUUUGCCAGCUGUGCCGAAGUCGGGCUCGCAAAAGGCAGCCAAGAAAGGAUCCAGGCCAAAUGCCCGUCUGGCAUUUUGAACGCCACAUGCCCAUUGUUGAUCACCGUCAAGAUCAGAAGGCAACUGCCUCAGGAUGGCCUGCAGGCCGCAGACAAGAAGAACAUCUGCGAUGAGAUGAGAUCGCGGGAUUUAAUGUCUUACUCGGCCAAAGUCAAAGCUCCGGUGGU